AUGAUCAGCUCAAAGUCUCCAGUGGAUAUACUCAUAACCAUCAUUACAGAAACUGUAAGAAUAGCUUCCCUUUUGGGAAAUGGAUUUAUCACAGUUGUAGAGGGGCAUCAAUGGCUUCGAAACAGAAAGAUGUUGUCCUGUGAUGUCCUCUUGAUUAGUUUGACUACAUCCAGAUUUGUGAUGGAACUGCAUUCUUCAGUGAGUGGUCUUCUGUAUCUCAUCUCCUCUGAGACCUGGUCUUCUAAACAGGCAUAUCUUUAUAUUGUCUGGAUCUUUUUCAACAUGCUCAGCCUCUGGUCUGCCACAUGGCUAAGUGUUUUCUACUGUGUGAAGGUCACUAACUUUGCUAACCGUGUCUUCCAUUGGCUAAAGCAAAGAAUCAACAUGCUUGCACCCAGACUACUUGGAUGGUCAAUGGUCAUUUCCAGUAUCUUCUUUCUUCUUCCACUGGUUGAAUAUUUUGGACACAAAAAGUGGGACAAUUUAACAUUGACUCCACCAGGAUGGGCCAACCCAAGAGGGGAUUUACACAAACCUCUCUAUAUUUUUCUUCCUCUGCAGCUCACUUAUACUUCCAUAAAUUUCACCAUAAGCAUAACUGCAUCAAUUAUUUUACUUGCCUCACUAUGGAAACACACAAGAAAUUUGAAGAAGAGUGGUGUUGGUGAUAAAGACCUCAGCACUCAGGUCCAUAUCAAUGUCAUAAUGCUAUUGCUGUGUUAUGUCUUCUUCUACUUUCUAUAUUUCAGUAGCAUGAUAUUAUUUGUAAGUAAAGUUGUGAAGUAUGGAACUACUGCAAAACAAGUUUUGGACCUCUUGGCAGCUACCUUUCCUUGUGCACACGCCAUCAUAUUAAUACUGACCAAUCCUAAAUUGAAAGAAAUGGCUGCUCACAUUCUGAAUAUCAGACAAAGAGCUUCAUAA